AAGAGUACAGCAGUAAUUCAGUGUUUUGCCGGCGCGCAUGUUCUCUAGUUUUACAACGUUUUGUUUUCGUUAAGCAAUUCUGUGUUUCCAGCGCCUUGGCCAUUGCCAUGUUGCGUACACACCUCUUCCAAAAUGUGCGCCUGCAGUUUCAAUUAAGACGCGUUGCAGUUGGAGUUGCCAUUGCACCGCCAACGGCACGUGGAUGUCUGCAUUAUGCAAUGCCAAUGAUCAGCAGGACAAUAAUGCCGGCACUGCAGCCACUUGCAAAUAGCUACACGACGGCAGCAACCACACCAGUUGCACGACCCGCACCCUCGCACAAGAAGCGCGUAGCGAAGGCCAGUGACCGCGUGAACACCACCGUCAGUCUCGACGAUCUGUGGACGCAGCUUGAGCAACAUUAUCAGCAGCACAAUGUGCUCCGCCAAGAGCAUUGCGAGCGUCUGCUGACACUGCUGGAGGUCGCACCCAAGGAACAGCAAAACACACUUACUGCCGAGCAGCUGCACUUUCUGCUGGGCGCCUGUGUGCCGGAGCUGUUGCCAACGCUGAGCAGCAAAGAGCGUGGGGAUCUGUUUCGGCGCUUGUGGGCGCAGCUGCUGAAAGUGGAGCAACCAUCCAUGGCGCACUACUACACCCAGCUACAGAUUCUGCACGAGAACCAGCUGCCGUUGACGGACCAUCGUGCUCUGCUGGCCGAGAUUGCCGCUUACAAUGGCGCCGCGGAUGCAAGCCUCUACAGCGCCCUGCUGGAUGUGGCCGGCGCCAGCGGGAAUAUGCGACAGGCUACCGAGCUGCUGAGUGACAUGCGUGAGCGCAGCUUUCCUCUCUCUGAGCGUAACUUUCAAGCCCUCCUUCUGGGCCAUGCUCGCAGCGGAGAUCUACCCGGCGUCGAGACGGUCCUUAUCAGCAUGCGUGCGGCGGGAAUAGCGCCCAGUGCCAGCACCCAGGCCCUGUGCUUCGUCGCCUACGUGGAGAACGGCGAGCUGCCCAGGGCGCGCGACCUACUCCGGCAGCACGCGAGUAACUUCAAUGCCCCGCAGCUUAUACAAAUGCUGCGUGCUGUGCUCGCCGCACAGCAGGUGGAUGUGCAGCUGAUGCAGCAGCUGGUGGCACAGCUGCCCGCAGAUUAUGUGAACGACAUUGACGUGCCGCCGGCCAUUAACAGUCUGUGCAUCCAGAUGCUGUACAGAGAUCAGGCAGCGCUGAUGAUCCAACUAGUCGGAAUGCUGCCGGCGCCCAAGUUCAACGAUAAGCAAAACAUCGAUGGAUAUGCGGCGUACCUGCUACAGGAGCUCUUCCGUGCCCGCACACCCCUCGAGCAGAUGCUGCAGUUCGCCCUCCAGCUGCGACAACACGGCCAGAACCCGCGCGCUCUGGAGGUGCUCACGGAGUUGGCGCUGCGUCGUCAACCCUCCAUUGCCUUGAGCUGCCUAGAAGCACUGAAUGCCGCGGGCGAGCCACUGCGUCCGCACUACUUCUGGCCCCUGCUGCUGCAGCAUCACAAGCGCGAAGGCGAGAGGGGCGUGCUCCAGGUGCUGGGCGAUAUGCAGCGCCUGGGCGUGGAGUGCGAUGAGCCGACACUGCGACAAUAUGUCCUAGCCAAUCUCAACCAGACACUGCAGCAGCCCGCGCAAGCGCUGCAGCAGCUAGACGCUGUGGGCGUGCGCCCCUCCCAGGUGCUGGUGCACGUGCUCAGCCAACUGCUGCAGCAGCUUGACCUGCAGGCAGCGCUCGAUCUGCUGCAGCGCUACCCGACACGCCUCCAACUGACAACGCUGCUUCAGCCCUUGACUACGCUGGCUGUGCAUAUGCGUGCGACCAAGCGCUACCAGGCCUUCGCGCAGCUGAUCCAGUCGCUGCAGCAGCGAUCACUGCAGCGCCAGGAUGACUUCGUUGGUGCACUGCUGCUGCAGAUGUGCGGGCCACAGAUGCGUCUACGCCAGGAGCCGGCAACGCUGUUGCGCUUCCUGCACGAGAUGCAGCGUCUGCAGCUGCACAUCUCCCCGGCGGCUGCCGAGUCGCUGUUGAGCCUGGGCAGCAACAGCGACACGGACACACGUCAGUCACUGGCCAAUACGCUGCAGAAGAUGCGCAACGCGGAGCUGCAGCUACCAGCGGAUACCGUCUUGGCCGUUGGCGGCUUCAUCAAACAUCCGCGCGACAUGUCGCGAGAAGAGCUCGAGUGCCAUCUCAUCGAACUGGAGGCCAAGAAGCUGAAUACGCGCGGCGUGCUGCGGCGCCUGCUGCAGCUGUGCGUGCGCGACGGCCACUUGGAACGGGCGCUCGAACUGCAGGCCAAGUGCGAUGCUUUACGGGUGCAGACCAGCGCUGGGAUGCUGGCCGCCAUCUUUGACCUGCACAUCAAGCUGAAGAACCUGCCACGUGCCCAGCAGAGCCUGCAGCGCCUACAGACCACAUAUCCAGGUUUCCUUGUGGAUGAGCACAAGCUGAUUGAUUACGCAGCUCUGCUCGUGGAGAAGGGUCAGCUGGAAGAGGCCAAGGAACUGCUGCAGCAGCGCGCCGCCCAGCACAAGAUCACUGGCGGCGAUUAUGUCAUCAAGAAUGUCUGGCAACUGCUCACGAAUGUUGCCAAAAUGGCUGCAAACAACUCUGCAUCCGCGUCGUCAUCCCCGACCUCCACACUGGAGAUGUUCAACUUUCUACGCAAGCUGGGCUACUGCCAGACGCACAAUGCUCUGCUGGGUCCUGUGCUGCGGGAGUGGCUCUAUCGCGGCGAUUUGGAUGGCGCCGUGGCAGAGUUUCAGCGCCUGGCGAAGCGGCACAACCACACGCCGCUGCAGUUCGAGCUGCUGUCGCUGCUGGUGAAGCUGAGCAACGGCGACGAGACGGAGCUGGCGCGUUUUCCGGGCACGACCAAGGAGUCAGCACAGCAGCAUCUGGUCACGGUCACGUCGACGGUCAGCCGAGUGCACGGCGCAGCCAAUAUGAACAGCGCCCUGCUACUGGCACUGGCUGAGUCGGGCACUGAGACGCAGCUGCGUCGGCUGAUCAUCAAUCCCGAGUUUCGGCUCAACCACGAGCUGCUGCUGAAGAACUGCGAGCACCUGGGGCAAGAGGGCGCCGUAAGCACUCUCCUCCGUCUGGCUCGAGGUGUCCGAGGCCUGCAACGCACCAUUGACGAGCAGCGCAUCUACGACAUGCUACUCUCCCAGUUCACCAAGACCAACAACUACGAAGGCGCCCUCGAUCUCUACGAGCGCCUGGAGGCCGACGACGAGCUGAAGGUCUCCCAGGAGUUCAUUCGUAAUCUGGUCAAGCUGCUGCAGCUGAAUAAUAUAGAGAUUCCCAGUAGCAUUGCCAUGCGUGCUCAGAUUAGAUAGGAUCACAUUUUUAUAUAGAUACACUUAAAAUCUUCAUGCUGUUAUUGUUAAUAUAUUU